AAAAAAUUCAAACAAGUUCGUCAUUCCAGUUGAAGUAGGCUACCUUGACGGUCUCGUUUCAACGUCUCUCCGCAUAUUUUAAUUUUCUUUUGAGAAAAUCCAAGGCAACGUUUAUUUUACAAAAUGCGUGAGUGUAUUUCUAUUCAUGUUGGACAAGCUGGUGUUCAGAUUGGUAAUGCCUGUUGGGAGUUGUACUGUUUAGAACAUGGUAUUCAACCUGAUGGUCAAAUGCCCUCUGAUAAAACUAUUGGAGGUGGAGAUGAUUCAUUCAACACCUUCUUCAGUGAAACUGGAGCUGGUAAACAUGUUCCAAGAGCUGUUUUCGUUGAUUUGGAACCAACAGUUGUAGAUGAGGUCCGAACUGGUACCUACAGACAACUGUUCCAUCCAGAACAACUUAUUACUGGCAAGGAAGAUGCUGCCAAUAACUAUGCCAGAGGUCAUUACACUAUUGGUAAAGAAAUAGUUGACCUGGUAUUAGACAGAAUCAGGAAAUUGGCUGAUCAAUGUACUGGUCUUCAAGGUUUCCUCAUCUUCCACAGUUUUGGUGGUGGUACUGGCUCUGGAUUUGCCUCCUUGUUGAUGGAAAGAUUAUCUGUUGAUUAUGGCAAAAAAUCCAAGUUGGAAUUUGCUAUCUACCCUGCCCCACAGGUAUCUACUGCUGUUGUUGAACCCUACAACUCAAUUUUAACAACCCAUACUACCUUGGAACAUUCUGAUUGUGCCUUCAUGGUAGAUAAUGAGGCUAUUUAUGAUAUCUGCCGAAGAAAUUUGGAUAUUGAGAGACCCACCUACACCAACUUGAAUCGAUUGAUUGGUCAAAUUGUCAGCUCAAUCACUGCUUCACUCCGAUUUGAUGGUGCUUUAAAUGUUGAUCUUACUGAAUUCCAAACCAACUUGGUACCAUACCCACGUAUCCAUUUCCCAUUGGCCACUUACUCUCCAGUUAUUUCUGCUGAGAAAGCUUACCAUGAACAACUGUCAGUUGCUGAGAUCACUAAUGCUUGUUUUGAACCAGCCAACCAGAUGGUCAAAUGUGAUCCACGACAUGGUAAAUACAUGGCUUGCUGUAUGUUGUACCGAGGUGAUGUUGUUCCCAAAGAUGUCAAUGCCGCCAUUGCCACUAUUAAAACCAAGAGAACCAUCCAAUUUGUUGACUGGUGUCCUACUGGUUUCAAGGUCGGUAUCAACUACCAACCACCAACUGUUGUACCAGGAGGUGAUUUAGCCAAGGUCCAGAGAGCUGUUUGCAUGUUGAGCAACACUACUGCUAUUGCUGAAGCUUGGGCUCGCCUUGAUCAUAAAUUUGAUUUGAUGUAUGCAAAACGAGCUUUCGUCCACUGGUAUGUUGGUGAAGGUAUGGAAGAAGGUGAAUUCUCUGAAGCUAGAGAAGAUUUGGCUGCUCUUGAGAAGGAUUAUGAAGAAGUUGGUGUGGACUCUGUUGAAGGCGAAGGAGAAGAAGAGGGAGGAGAUGAAUACUAAGCUACCUCUUGUCUAGAUUAUUCAAAGUUGGUGUGUAACAAUAAAAUGCUAAAGAUAUAAAAAAAAAAAAAAAAAAAAAAAAAAAGAAAAAAAAAAAAAAAAAAAAAAAAAAAAAAAAAAAACCAAAAAACAAAAA